ACAUUAAGUAAGCAGAUACAUGAUAUAGAUAGUGAUUAAAGAAUACAGAGUGGAGGAAACUCAUCACUGAAGCGAAAUCAUUAGUUCCCCAAAAGAAAAAGAGUGAAUUAUAUUAACUUAAGUACGCAGAUACAUGAAAAGUGUAGUGAUUAAAGCAUACAGAGUGGAGGAAACUCAUUGCAGAAGCAAAAUCAUUAGUUCCCCAAAAGAAUAAGAGUGAAUCAUUGGACCAAGUAUGCGUACGCAGGCGAUAUCAAAGCAAGGAAAAUGCCAUCGAUUACACCAGUAGCGUGUGGAUAUUUAUUAAGACGAUAAUGAGCCAUUAGAACUAAUAAAUAUAUCACUUCUUCCUCCCUUCUGGUCAGAUCAGGGGAAGGACCAAACAUGGGGAUUCUGCGUAAAACUCAUCCGCUUUCGAUAAGAUCGAUCCUUUUACUUCAGAUAUUGUCUUCAUUUCCUUGUACACUGUCUCAAGGAAACAGGCCACCUUACAUGACUUCAGACCUCAAAGAAAUCUCGGGCAAGUCUUUCAAUUACAUUAUCGUCGGGGGAGGAACUGCAGGAUGUCCUCUAGCGGCGACUCUCUCCGAGAAAUUCUCCGUACUGUUGGUCGAGCGUGGUGGAUCGCCUUAUGAGGACCCCUUAGUCAUGGAUAGAAAAUACUAUGGUUUCUCGCUGCUCAACACCGAUGAGUAUUCAUCAGUGGCACAGAGCUUCAUCUCCGGAGAAGGGGUUACAAAUCACAGAGGACGGGUUCUGGGAGGGUCGUCCGCUAUUAAUGGUGGUUUCUACAGCAGAGCUAGUGCUGAUUUUGUUAAAAGAGUCGGAUGGGACGUAGAGCUGGUAGAGGAUGCAUACAGAUGGGUGGAGUCGAGAGUGGUUUUUCAGCCGGAGUUGACCCCAUGGCAGUUUGUCGCCGAGUUUGGAUUCCUUGAAGCAGGAAUUUUCCCGUAUAACGGCUAUACGCUGGAACAUCUCGAAGGAACAAAGAUUGGUGGAAGCGUGUUCGACAAUUACGGAACCAGGCAUACAUCCGCCGAUCUCCUAGAGGCAGGGUAUAUGGAAAACUUGACCGUGCUCGUAAAUUCAACCGUGAGGAAUCUCCUCUUCUGCAAUCACAGUGAGCCACUCAGACCGUUAUGUCGCGAUAACAAUGAGACCCGGGCUUGUGGCAUUACGUACAUCAAGAGCAAUGGGAGCUUGGAAGAAUCAUACGAAGCUUACCUCAAUUACGCAAAUGAUUCGACAUUGUUCGGCGAAGUCAUUUUAGCUGCAGGGUCACUAGGGAGUCCCCAAAUGCUGUUACUUAGCGGAAUUGGUCCUCCUGAACAUCUCAAGAAGUUCAACAUCUCGUUGCUAAGUGACCUCAGGGGAGUGGGCCGAGGAAUGCAAGAUAAUCCGUGCAUGGCGCUUCUCGCAGAUGCCAAACCACAGGAUCGGCUGCCCGAACCACCCGUAGUGGCCGGCAUUGCCCAUGAUCUCAAAUUCAUCAUCGAAGCAGGGAUCCUCCCCAUAAGUCUCAAUGCAACAAGGAUGCCGGUCGCAGUCAAGUAUGCCUUCCCGGCAUCGAGAGGCAGGCUGAAACUGAACAGCACGGACCCGAGGCAGAACCCUGCGGUGACAUUCAACUACCUAUCCAAGGAAGAGGACAUGAAGGCGUGCAUCGAGAUGGCGCAGCUGCUCCAGAGUGUCGUGAGGUCUCAGGCCGUCUCUGUUUUCCUGGGGGUCGAGCACAAGGAGGACGAACUGUCGGGCGAAGAAGAGCUGGCCGAGUUCUGCAAGCAGAACGUGCGGACAUUCUACCACUACCAUGGCGGUUGUGGGGUCGGUUCGGUGGUCGACGAGGACUACAGGGUCUACGGCGUGAAGGGAUUGAGGGUGGUCGACGGGUCAACAUUCCUGGAAUCGCCGGGGACAAAUCCAAUGGCUACGCUAAUGAUGUUAGGGAGAUACCAGGGCAUCAAGAUUCUAAGAGAAAGAGGACAAUUUGGCGCCUCUAACACCCAAGAUCAUCCCUAGCAAAACUCUAUGCGCAAUAAAACCAUCUAAAGCUGACUACUUCAUCAAGCUUUCUUGAUGCAAGAUCUUGAUCUGAAGAUGCAUUGACUGUGUUUCCAUCAAUCUCUCUCUAGGUGUUCAUUGCUUUGUAUUAGAAACGAGUGUAAGUUCAUGAUGAUUUCUUAAUCGAUCUUGUGACGUCGGAGUUUGGAUUUCU